UCGCCUCUGGUUCUAACUCCUCGCCCUGCGGGAGCUCGAGCUUGAGGGAGCCCGAGAAGAAGGGGCGGAGCGGUCCCUGGGCGUGGUGUGGAGGCUCCUAGAGAGUCUGGCCGGAUGCCGCACUCCUUGUUCCCACUCCUGGUAGGCUGACUUGGGAGAGGUAAGGAAGGAGCUGUGGUUAGCCGCCUAGACCAGAGGGGACAUUGAAGAGGACCGGUGAGGGAAGUCAGACAUUUGAAAGUCUCUAAAGCUCUAGUGACUGAGGAACCGGGAGGCCCCAGUUGUCCUCAGGGAGUUUGCGGCAGGAGUUGAGGGAGAGAAGGGGAUAGCCCAGCGGAGGCGCAGGAGCCAGACUGCCCCGCGCGAGUCGCCCGCCCACCCGCAGUGGAUUGCUGUCGCAGAACACCAGGCAAGCUAGGCAAGGGCUCUACCACUGAGCCACAACCCCAGCCCAUCUAUUAGGAUUUGAUUUGGAAUAGGAAAGAAGAAGAAAAAAAAGUCCAUUUCAAGUUCAUUGCAUUUGAAGUGAUUAGCAUUAAAUAUAGUUCAUGAACUACAAAUCAAAGAAUUGUUCUUUGACCUUCCAAAAUGAUCUAAAAUAUUUCAAGGGUCUUUACCAUCCAUCAGACAUAGGAGUUUACAUAUUAGAUUGUUUGGAACAGACUGUGUUGUGAAGCAAUUUGACACCGAGAGAUUCCUUACAACACCAUACAGCAAGAAAUGUUCUGUUUUGUCAGGAGAGCAUUAGACCAGAAAUACAUGGAAUGCUGUUUUAAAUAAGCCAAAAGUGUAUUAUGAAAUUAAUUUAAUACUGCUUAAAUGAAGAGAGAGAAAAAGACAAGAAAAAAUCCAGCUGUUCAGACAUUGGUGAGUAUGUCUCACAAUCCAAGUCAGCCUUCCUCAUCAGAGUUGGUGGAACUUCAUGUUUUUUAUGUCCCUGAAGGAUCGUGGAACUAUAAGUUAAAUACUAUUUCAAUAGAAGUUAUUAACAAAUUUAUUUCUGCUGGAUUUAUAAGAGUAUCUCCUCAACUUACUUUACAAGCCCUGAGGUUGCGACUUGGUGAGUUCCUUGGUGAAGAUGCUGUUGCAGAAAAAUUUUUAUUCCUGAAAUGCAUUGGAAAUAAUUUAGCUGUGGUGAAAGAAAAGCAAGAACCAGAACUGAAACUCAUAUCAUUUGCUCCUCCAUACGCUCUUCAACCAGAAUUAUAUUUGCUUCCUGUAAUGGACCAUUUAGGAAAUGUUUAUUCAGCAUCAUCAUCAGUUACUUUAGAUGGGCAGCAGACUAAUAGUGAUAUUGCUGAAAUUGAUGGAACAAUCCAUAGACCAGUUAGUGCAACUUUGUCAAAGGAAGAACUUGGAAAGGAUCCCAAUUUCUUAGAAAACACUUUGAAAGACCUUAUUAACACGAAUCAGGAAGAAGCUGAGGAAAUAGCCACUCCAAAAGAAAGCCAGAUUGUAAAAUAUCACAUUGGAAAUUCUGAGUUACCAGGAUCAUUGGAAAAUUCAAAUGAUUAUUUUACCAACAAAAAAAGUCAGUUUCUUUGGAAAAAUGAAGAAGAUACAACCAACAGUAGAAGACAGGACAGUCAGACAGGUGAAAAGGAUCGUAUCACCCUACCAGACCUUACUGAUUUUCCUUCAUUUCCUUGUCAACCUGUUCUUUCUUCAGGAAUACCUGAUAUACCUCUAUUAAAGAUCGAGAGAGAGAAGAUUAUUGAGCAAAUGAAACAAGUAAAGGAAGAAAGAAGAUAUCUGGAAAGAAUUAGAGAUGAACUAAUAAAAAAAGUUGAAAAGCUGUUUGAUCAAAGCAAAGGGAAACGAUAUCAUGCUUUUGAUGGUUGGAAGAAAAAAUACUUGGAAACAAAAAAAGUCACAGCAUCACUGGAAGAGGUUUUAACAAAACUUCGAGAUGAUUUGGAACUCUAUUAUAAAAAACUGCUCAUGCAACUUGAAGCCAGGGAGAUCAAGAUGAGACCAAAGAAUCUGGCAAAUAUCACAGACUCUAAGAAUAACCUUAUAAUCCAGAUCACUGAAGUACAGCAUGCAAUUGACCAACUUAAAAGAAAAUUGGAUACUGAUAAAAUGAAACUCAUCAUAGAAGUUAAGAUGAGAAAACAAGCAGCUUCAGACUUACGAACACUGAAAGCUGAAAUGGCACAGAAGAAAACCAAUACAUCCUUACAAUCUCAAUCAGUUCCUGGAAGUGUGCCUAGCUAGGAGCUUACCAGAUGGGUUUUUUAAAAGAUGAAUCAGCCAAAUCAAAAGGGAGCAUUGGCUGCUGCAAUACAUUCUGACCAGAUCUGACUUUGUUCAUCAUAAGACAUCACGAACAGAAAGUCACAAGCAUCUGCAAUUCCAGUGUAAUUAUAACACCUUCUGUCUAUGUUUUUUGGAGACCAAGCUAUAUCAAAGGUUACCUGUGGAAAAACACAUAUGUCAUUUUAUGUACCAUGAUCAAACAUGCACAUUACACCAGAUGGUUUUUAAAAUUAUUCUCCUGUCUCAUGCUACCCAAGAAAAAAGAACUGCUUUUAUCAUAUAUGAAUAUAGGAUUUGACACUCAUAGAAAUAGAAGAGUUCUACAAAAUAUGUCCUUUUUACUACACUGGAUUGGUCUAGACAUGUAUUUGGACAUACAGUGAUCAGAACAGGGGCACUGUAUAGAUGAGGAAAUUUAAAUCCAAAUGUCUUCAGAAGCUGGGCUAAUACAAGUGAUUGAAAGAAGCAGGUUUAAUGGCAAUAGGGUGUGGUAGGACUACUGAACAAUUAGAGAGUAAAGGCACACUAAAAAAUUUUAGAUACAAAAGUUGUUAGCAUAGCCUAAUUGCAUUUGAGCCCAUGAGUCACAAUUACCUUAUAUGGUAGGUUAGACCCAUUAUUAUUACAUUUAGAGAUUAGUGAAUGGUUUGUCACACAGGUAUAAAUUAAUCAACUCAAAAUGUUGAACAAAGAAAGAAUUUAAAUGGUCUUAUUUUAUGGAAAUAUUCAAAAUAAAAUGAGUGAUAUAUUAUCUUUCAUUUUGAAUGGUAAGCCAUCAUUCAAUAAGGAUAUCUCUUUAAAAUAUCUGUUUAUUGCCUUAACCAAAUAUUAAUUUUAUGUUAAUGUGUAUAAAUGUUCAAUAUUAUCACUAAAAGUUGUUUUUUCUUAAUUAGGCAUUCAGUAAACACUUAUUGAUUAACUUAAAAAAUUGAAAAUACUUUAGGUAUUUUUUAUGCUUUGGCAUAACUCAUUUCAAGACUUUCUCAAAGCUCUAAGUAUUCUCAAAGCUUUAAUUCACAUUCAAGAAGGCUGUGCUUUACAAGUAUAAGCUUUCCCCAAUAGUUCUACCACAAAAUAGCUUAUGAAGUGAAAUUUGUACAUAUUGGACCCUACUUUUUUACUACCUCCUAUUUCAAAACAAAAACUAAUAGUAAAACAGAUAAAAUAAAUGACUACCUCUAAGCAGAGAAAAAUCUUCUGAAUACUAAGUAUAUUCACCUGAAUUUCCUGUUACAAUUAACCUUCUAUUUUUGAGGAAGUAGUAUUAGCAUAUUAGACAAGAAAUCAAAAGACUUGGGUUCUAUACAGUCUUGGCCCUGUUAUAACUUGGUCUUUGCCACUACUAAGUCACUUAAGAUAUCUGAGUUUGUUUUCUCACCUAUAAAAAUGAGAGUAUAAAAACUCUUCAAAGGCAUUUCUAGCUCUUCAUUCCAUGACAAUGAUAUUGUGAACUUAAAUCAUCAAUCUUUCCUCCAAACUUAUUUCCCACUCCAGAUUCUAUUUUGAUCUUUUUUUUUUCUUUUCUUUUCUUUUCUUAUCAUCAGUUUAAGAACCUUUUUUUGGCAGUGGAAGAUACUGGGGAUUGAACUCAGAGGCACUGAGCCACAUGCCCAGCCCUGUUUUGUAUUUUAUUUAGAGACAGGGUCUCAACUGAGUUGCACCUCACUUUUGCUGAGGCUGACUUUGAACUGGGAUUACAGGCAUGCGCAACCACACCCAACUUGGUUUAAGAACUUUUGAGCCAUCUUCUGACUCUUUUCCUUCCUUCAUACCCCAAAUCAAAUAAAUUAUUUGAGUGGCCUCUCACAGUUGUUCUGCCCUUCCUUGUUCUUAAUUAACUCAACAAAUAUUUAUUGAACAUUUGCUGAAUGUUAGUGAUCUCUCAUCCCAAUCCAAAAUGUAAACUUUAAGUUCCUAGAUAAUUGUAAUAGUACUUAUCUAGUCUUCCUUCUCCUCUAGUUUUAUAUACAAUUGUAGAAUAAUCUCCCCAAACACACUUCUACCCAUACAACCUUUUCCAUACAGAAUAAAAUGCACAUUCUUCAGUGUAAUAAUCUGGAUCUUCAUAAUAUGGACUACCUUUUCAACUGUACCUCCAACUAAUUCAUCUAGUAUAAACUUGACAUAGCAGUCCAAAUUGUUUUACUUACCUCACAAACAUGGAAAUAGAUUUUCCUUUGUAAAGUCUUUGCUCAACCUCUUUGAUCUUGCCUUUUCACUACAACUUAAUCAGAAAUGGCAAAUAGGUAGUUACCAAUUCUAACCUACUAGUAACAACUAUUUAGAGAAAUAAGGAAACUUUUCUGAGACCAAAACUUAUGAGGAACAAAAGGUAUAGUGCCCUAUAUGCCAGGGAUAUUCUUGAUUGUACUCAUCUGAAAAGCUAAAUUCCAAACAUGCCCUACUUUUAUAAAAUCAUAGAGCUGUCAGUCCCCAUAUCAUUUAUUAUUUUCCAGUGAUUCUCAAAUUCUUGAUGACAAACUACACCAGAAUCACCUAGGGCACUUGGUAAAAAUGCAAUUCCCCAACACAGAACUAUUGAAUCAAUCUCAGGAAAUUUACUACUGAGCUACAUCUCCAGCCCUUUUUGCUUAUUUUUUUGAGACAGAGUCUCACUAAGUUGUUUAAGGCCUCAGUUAACUGCUGAAGCUGGCCUAAUACUUGUGAUCGUCCUACCCUUAGCCUCCCAAGUUGCUGGAAUUAUAGGCGUGUACCACCUAAUCUCAGGAAAUUUUAAACAAGCACUUAUAGUUGAUUUUGAUACCAGUUUAGGAACAUAGAAUUUACAAUGUUCUGUCAUGGAAUAAACAUACAUGAAUUAGUUCUGCAUCUGUGGAUUCUGCCAAGCACAGAUCAAAAAUAUUAUUUUAAAUUAUAUACCAAGUGUAUACAUACAAGUCUGUACAUACAUGUAUAGACUUUUUCUUGUCCUCAUUCCCUAAAUAAUACAGUAAUAAAAUCUAUAUAUGUAGCAUUUACCUUGUAUUAGGUAUUAUAAAUAAUGUAGAGAUGAUUUAAAGUAUGCAGAAGUUUGUGCAUAGGUUAUAUGCAAAUAUACCAUUUUAUGUAUGGGACUUGAGCAUCUGCAGAUUUUGGUAUUCACAGGGUAUCCUGGAAACAAUCUUCCAUUGUCUAACCUAGUAGUUCUUAAUUAUAAUCACCUAUGAAACUUUUUUUUAAAUUAUGGAUUCUGGACUUACCCAAAACCUUCUGAAUAGUAAGUAUUGGGAGUGAGUCUCCAGUAUAUAUGUGUAUGCACAUCCAAGUGUUUAUUCUUUUUUAAGACCCCUGGUUAUGUUGAUAUGUGGCCAGGAUUGAGAAUCGGUUAUCUGGAGCCACAUUAUCUUGUUACUAACACAUUGCCUGGCAAAAUGCCUGUGUUAUGAUCUGCUCUAAUCAUGCUCAUUAUGGAAAUGGGGAAGUAUACUGCCUAUUGUCAUAGCUCCAAUGAGUUCUAUGGAAUAAAUCCUUUGAGCUUUA